AUGAAAUUGGGUUUGACCAUGAAGAACUUGAAGAUUUUAAGAUGUCCUCGGGCCAAGCGUUUUCGAAAUCACCACCUUGUUGCCAUAGCUGAUGCUUUACCAUGGCUUGAAGAGCUCGGUAUCCAAUUUUCCGGCAACAAUUUUGAUUCUAAAAGCGCAAAGGAAUUGAGUCGAAACUUGAUUUCUCUAGAUGCUGGACCCUAUUCCAGUUUACAAAAUGAUUCCUUCACUUUUGAGAAUUCCAUGACUUAUGCAACAUCUUUACGUGAUCUUGUGUUAGAACCAUAUGGAGAUCAUGACCGAAUUCUUUCUUCCAUUUCAACAUCCGGCAUUCCAUUAGAGAAGAUUUUAAUAUACGAAGAUUCUGAUUUUCUCAAUGACGAUUCCAUGAGGGAUUUAUGCCAAUAUCUUUCUAGUCUUGUGUACAUAAAGCUUUGUUGUUCAGCCUUAACUGCCACAACCUUCUUCCUUCUUACGAAAGAAUGUCCUAUGCUUUCAGAAAUUGACCUGGGCCUUCUAGAGCUACAGGUUGAAGAUGAUUUGGACAUGGUCUUGGGGAGGAAUUAUCGAAUAAGAUCUUUGAAUUUGGGUUUUUGUGUGUCAAAUGAUGAAUUCCUGAAAAAAAUAGGGGUCAUUUGCCCCAACUUACAGACUCUUAAUCUGACAGGACUUUACGGAUUGACAACAGAGAGCAUUGGGGAAAUUUUGAGGUGUUGCUCUCAGAUUAAGCAUUUGACAGUGGACAGAACCAGAGAAAUGGUGACUUUUUUGGAACAAUUCGAAACUCGCCACAUUAAAAUUGAACAUUAUCGGAUCCUAGAGGAGGGCAAUGACUGA